GUACCUGGCAUUGCCCUGGCCAUAAUGCAACACCUUGCAAUUGUCCUUGUUGAACGUCAUUAGGUUCUUGUGUGCCCCCUUCCUGUGCCUGCCCAAGCUCUCUGGACAACAUUGCUUCCUUCUAUGGUGUCAGCUGUACCACUCAAUGUCAUCAGCAACUUGAUAGAAUCAAAUUGAUCUUACUCUGUAUUUUGAUAUGUGUUGCUCAUGUUCUUCAUGGAAGCUUUGCCAUAUUUUCACAUCUAGAGGAUUUAAUGUGCUUUUCUAAUGAUAAAGGGAUCAUGUGUUUUUGUUGUUGUUUUUUUCUUCUAGAAAGUACUGCUGACUGAUUCCUGAAAUUUCCCCGCUGCUGUUAUUUUUAGUGUUGCAUCAUCGUUGAUAGGAAUGCUGUGAAAACUAUUUUCUAGUUCCUACACCCUGGUGUAGGACAGUUGGAAUUGCUAAAUCUCAGAGGUUUGAAAAGGUUGAAGAGAAGAUGAUAAUUGCCUGUGUCUUUUUCCUUUUAAGACUUCUGAUCACCAUGGCUGCAGUGGAUCGCUUCAACCUGCUGUACAGAGAGAUCAGUCGUUCCUGCAGUUUUUACGUUGAGGCCCUGGCUGUAGUUGGAGCUUGGUACACAGUCAGAAAAUGUCUGACUCUUGUGUUUGACACUUACAGUAUGCUCAGGCUUCAUGUUAUUCCAAAGCUGGUUGGUGAGAUUGAUAUUGUCAAGCGGUAUGGAAGAUGGGCAGUGGUCACUGGUAGCACAGAUGGUAUCGGGAAGGCAUAUGCUGAAGAACUGGCCAAACGUGGUGUCAAUAUCAUCUUAAUCAGCCGAAGCAAAGAGAAGCUGGAGGCUGUAUCUAGAAACAUAUCUGAAACCUAUAAAGUGGAAACAGAUUUCAUAGUAGCUGACUUCAGUAAGGGGCGUGAGGCUUACCAUGCCAUUAAGGAGGGCCUGAAAGAUAGAGAAAUUGGGAUUUUGGUGAAUAAUGUGGGACUGUUUUAUACCUACCCAGAUUAUUUUACUAACCUGUCUGAGGAUAUGCUGUGGGACAUGAUCAACAUAAAUAUUGCUUCUGCUAACAUGAUGGUGCAUAUCGUGUUGCCGGGCAUGGUAGAGAAGAAGAAAGGUGCAAUUGUGAAUGUCUCAUCUGCUUCCUGUUGUCAGCCAACACCAAUGCUAACGAUCUAUGGAGCCUCUAAAGCCUACUUGGACUAUUUCAGUAGAGCAUUGUAUUAUGAAUAUGCUUCAAAAGGAAUUUUUGUUCAGAGUUUAACGCCAUUUGUAAUUGCUACAAAAAUGGUGUCGUGCAGCAGCGUUACAUCGAAGAGAUCUUUCUUUUUUCCUUCUGCUGAAGAGUAUGCAAGUCAUGCUAUUUCUACCCUUGGGUUAUCCAAAAGGACUCCUGGUUACUGGAAGCAUUCAAUAGAGUUCACACUGGGUGAACGUCUACCUGAAUGGAUCUGGGCAUGGUUUGCACAGUACUUCUGCAGAAUUAUACGCAAGGAAGCUUUAACACACAAAGCAAAAUAGGAAUAUCCAGAUGUCCAUUAUAAAUAAUGAUCAGAAUGCUACAAAAUGGUCAAGUGAAUCCUAGAUUUACUGCAAUUUAUCCAUAACUUGCUUAACAGUGUAACUAGUGUUACUCGUAGCAAUAACCUAGACAUUAGAAGUCUGGAUCCCGCAUCGUUGUGCUAAGCAGCUCCUUCUCUGCAUUCCUCCAGGACGAAGAGUUGAUCUCAGUUCACUUUGUCUGUAAGGUAAUAGGACAGGAGCAGAUAUAACUUUAAUUCUGAUAGUAAAUGACUCUCUUUUGUGUAGUGCUAUGUAAUCUUGAUUUGUAAUGUUAACAGAAUUUGAGAAUUCUCCAGCUCUGGUGAUAUUGGGCCCAAAAUAAAUCAUGCUGUUUUGAAAAGACAGUCCUAUUCAAUCAAUAUGCAGUUUAUGAGUCUUCUGGUCUUUUUAUGGCAGGUCCUUGUAUGUUUUAAGUGCAAAUAUUGUUUUUGAACAGGGUACUUACCAUACAUCUUAAUUUUGAUAAAGUCAUACUAAUUUGGAGGUUGUUUAAAUGACAGAAAAGGUCUUACAGAACUGCAGAAGAAUUUGAAGAUAACGUUUUUUUUUCUUUCUUAUUCUAAGUGUGAAUGCUUUUGACCACGCUUUAAAUAUUCCUUCAGCAAUCUGAAGCGUGACUGAAGAAUUGAAACAGAUUGUAAAAAAUACAUUAGCUAAGAAAAAGUAAAGAAGAAAGAGUGUUCUAAGAACAAAAGUUAGUUGCAUAUGACAAUUUAAAAAAAGUUACUGAUGUCUUGAUUCUGUAUGGCUGUUUUUAUUUAUAUUAAAAAAUGUGUAUAUAUAUUUACUAGA